GUAGGCUGAGGCUUUUUUUUUUAUUUAUCGGAAUGGGCGGCUUAGUGGUGAAACAUAGCUCGGUUGUUGGGAGCCUCGGGAGUUGCAUCUGAACGCGGAGAGGGGCUGCCGGCCCCGGUGGCUGCAGGGACUACGCUACCUCCGGGACCUGGUUAACCCCCUCCAUCGCCCACGUGACCGCCGCCAUCUUGUCCGGGCGCGGGAGAAACGUGAGGAGGUUCUGAGUCUGCGCAGAAUGACGGGCGUGGUAGCCGGAGCCGGGGCGGAGACUGAGCUUGCGCAGUUGUGACUUUAAAGGACUUGCCCACCCGAUGGAUGUCCUUUUUUUUUUCUAUGUGUUUUCCGUGUGUGGCUCUGUUCGCACUUGCGUAGCUUUUUUUUUUUUUACCUGCAGGACUUGAACUCGCCGCCAUGUCCGAAGAAGGGAAGCUGUUCGUUGGAGGACUUAACUUCAACACCGAUGAGCAGGCACUGGAAGACCACUUCAGCAGCUUCGGACCGAUUUCUGAGGUGGUCGUUGUCAAGGACCGGGAGACUCAGCGUUCCCGGGGUUUUGGCUUCAUCACCUUCACUAACCCGGAACAUGCUUCAGAUGCCAUGAGAGCCAUGAAUGGCGAGUCCCUGGAUGGUCGCCAGAUCCGUGUGGACCACGCAGGCAAGUCUGCCCGGGGGACCAGAGGAGGGGGCGCUUUUGGGGCCCAGGGGCGUGGUCGCAGCUACCCCAGAGGUGGUGGAGACCAGGGCUAUGGCUCUGGUAGGUAUGAUGCUCGCCCUGGAGGAUAUGGCUAUGGAUACACACGGCCCCGAGACUUUGGCAGAAGCCAGGGGGGUUACGACCGCUACCCAGGAGGAAACUACAGGGACAAUUACGACAACUAGGACGGUGCUCUGCACGUCACAGAGAUACACAAGGACUAACACUUCUGACCCAGGACCAUCCUUCUAAACAGCUGUAUUUAUAACAGUUUUUUGGAGCUGCACUGAAACACCUGUUUUUAACAUCAGCUUUUGUUUUUUGGUUUUUGUUUUUUUUUUUUGAAUUGAGCUUCCCAGGGUAGCUUGUGAAAGACCUUUUUAGAAAGCUCCAUGUAUGUUUAUUAAAAAUUGAGUGGUUUCUUUUUCCUUGCACAUUUGGAGGUAAAUUUUAGGAUAUUUGCAGGGCCUCAGUAUUACUCCUUUCAUUGUUCGGACUCAGGAUUAUUUUCUUCUGGACAAAAAAAGAAAAAGCCUAUUUGGUCAGACUUUUUCUUCCAUUUGUAUCUAAAGUUUUUUUUUUUUUUAAUGUGUACACAUUGUUUACCACGGAAGCAAUUUCCAAAUGAACUUGGAAGAAAUCUGUAUCAACAUGAUAGACUUUUUUUACUCCAGAUCAUUAUCCAGGUUUUAGAGAACUUCAAAAUGUUGGUAAUUGUCAUUUUUACUUAAGUGCUGGAAGAAAGUAUUCUGUUGUGUCUUGUGUGCUUAGAAUAGUCUCACUAAGCUGAAUAAAAGUUGGAACCUUGAAAAA